CUUAUGAGUUCUGAGUCUGCUCUAAACAGCCCUCCUUAUAAAAACACAUCAGAAAUACAACCGUGGCUCACGCUUAUCGCACUUAACACUUACAUACACAGCUGUUACCCAGGACCAGUAGCCUACUCUCUGUCGUUUUACUGGCAUUGAAAGUAUACCCUUCAGAAAUGACCGAUAAGGUUGGCCAUGCCAGCAUCCAAAUGACAGAGGACAUGAAUGGUAGAUCCAUAGGGAAGGGUAAGAACAGCCACCUUCCAGGAGCCACUGUCAGCUUUCAUAAUAUCUCCUACAAGGUGCAACUGAAGAGUGGACUUCUGUGCAAAAGGAAAAUCAACACCAAGGAAAUCUUAAAUGACUUGAAUGGGAUAAUGAGACCAGGUCUAAACGCUAUCCUGGGAGCUACAGGGAGUGGGAAGUCCUCAUUCCUGGAUAUUCUGGCAGCUAGGAAGGACCCUGCUGGUCUGUCUGGAGAGAUCCUCAUUGACGGAGCCCCUCAGCCACCCAACUUCAAAUGUAUCUCAGGCUAUGUAGUUCAGGAUGAUGUUGUAAUGGGAACACUUACAGUGAGAGAGAAUUUCCAGUUCUCUGCAGCUCUUCGCCUACCAAAGACAGUGAGUGAGAGGGAAAAGGAGGCCAAAGUCAACCAGGUCAUCAAAGAGUUAGGACUGACCAAAGUUGCAGACUCAAAGGUCGGGACCCAGUUGCUCCGUGGAGUGUCUGGUGGUGAAAGAAAGAGGACCAACAUCGGCAUGGAGCUCAUAAUCGACCCCCCUGUGCUGUUUCUGGACGAGCCGACCACGGGGCUGGAUGCCAGUACUGCCAAUUCUGUGCUGCUGCUGCUGAAAAAGAUGUCCAUUAGUGGACGAACAAUUAUUUUGUCCAUCCAUCAGCCCAGGUAUUCCAUCUAUCGUCUUUUUGACAGUCUGACACUGCUGUCCAGUGGAAAACUUGUUUACCAUGGACCUGCUCAGAAUGCACUGGAUUACUUUAAAAAUAUUGGAUAUGUAUGUGACCCAUACAACAACCCUGCAGAUUUCUUUCUGGAUGUCAUCAAUGGAGAUUCAACUGCUGUGACAAUGAACACAAUUAAUGGAAUUGAAGAUUUCGACUCUGUGGAGCGCAAGGCUAGCUUUCAGAAUAUUGAGAGUCAGCUGGCAGAGGCGUACUGCAGCUCCACUUACUACGAGAACACCAAAGCAGAUCUGGAAAAGAUCGCCCAAGGAAAACUGUACAAUACCAGGUCGAUUUCCAGGAAGAUCACCUAUUCAACGUCUUUCUUCCACCAGCUCAAGUGGGUGUCAAAAAGGACAUUCAGGAAUCUUAUGUUAAACCCCCAGACCUCAGUUGCUCAGAUUGGUGUCACUGUUUUCCUAGCUCUUAUUGUGGGUGCUAUAUUCUUUGGAAUUAAGGACGAUGAAAGUGGGAUCCAGAACAGAGUUGGUGCAUUAUUCUUUGUUGUUACCAAUCAGUGUUUCAGCACUGUCUCUGCUGCUGAGCUGUUCAUUACAGAGAGGAAAAUCUUCAUACACGAAUACAUCAGUGGAUAUUACAGACUGUCAGUAUAUUUUCUCUCAAAAAUAAUGGCAGAUAUACUAACUCUAAGGACAGUGCCAUCGAUAUUCUUCACAUGCGUUGCUUACUUCAUGAUAGGUUUAAAAAAAACUGUACCUGCCUUCUUCAUCUUUAUGUUUACUACCACUCUGGUGUCUUACACUGCCACAGCGAUGACAUUGGCCAUCUCUGCAGACCAGAGUGUGGUGGCAGUGGCCAAUAUCUUCAUGACCAUCAGUUUUGUUUUCAUGAUGAUUUUCUCUGGCCUGCUUGUCAAUCUACCAAGUAUUAUGAACUGGCUGGCAUGGUUUAAAUACUUAAGCAUCCCCCGCUACGGAUUGACAGCUUUGCAAGUAAACGAGUUUGUCGGACUUGAUUUCUGUAAAAAUUCUUCCACAUCUUCAGUGCCCCCUGGAGAUAACAGCAACUGCAGCAUGUCUUCCCCAUUUGUACUGUGUACUGGGGAACAGUUCUUGAAGAGGCAAGGCAUUGAAGCAACAGAAUGGGGUCUGUGGGAGAACCACUUAGCUUUGGCAAUAAUGAUGCUAAUCUUCCUAGCAAUUGCAUAUUUAAAACUCCGCUUUAUGAAGAAGUUCUCAUAAAACAUGGCGUAUUUUAUUCUAAUUAUUUUUGUCUAUUUUAGGUUCACUCUAUUAAAUAAUUGUUGAUAGUUUAGAUAUUAACAAUUUGGUGUUUUAUUUUUAAAUGGCUAAAGAUAAUUGUAUACACUUUGUUAGCUAGACCUAAUAGACCAGUAAAAUUAGUAGUAACAGCAUAUAGUUUACUUUAAAUGUUAAUUUUAUACACAUAUUGUUUACCCUUUUGUGAAUCCAGAGGUUUUAUGUGUGGUUUUAGGAGGAUAUUAGAAUAUAACUAUUGAUACACAAAAAUAUUAGGGCAGCAGUUUUAAAACUAUUUUUGGGCUGGAGCCCCAUUUUUCUUUGAAUUUAGGUUUGGGCUCAGUAACACACACAUGCAGACAUGUUAUAAAACAUGAGUUUGAUACUGUUGAGAGAGUAUUUUUAUGUUAAUGAAUGUAACAGUGAUAAUGAUACAAGAUUUGAAGACUUUUUUUUACUCGAUUAAACUUGAUAUACAAAAACUAGCUUUUAAAAAAUAAAAAAAGUCUCCAGGUGUAAGCGGAAAUUUAAAUAAGUCAACAGCAUGAUACUGCAAUUCACCGAAAGGAUGCUUCUUUGUCUCAUAUGUGAACAGAAACAUUUCAUUUGUGUUUAUUCUCAUAUGUGUACAAUUCUGCAGCAACGCCAAGUGCUGGGUCAUUGUACUACUGUCUGGUACAGCGUAAUCAUCACCAAAAUGAUAGAGUAAAACCAUCUAUAUAGAGAGCUGGUCAUAACAGAUAGAGAUCCUCAGGUUGAAAAGAAGACAUACAGAAAUGGGGAACUGGGUUUUAGUACUAAAGUUUGUUCAAAUCACAAAGUGGACAAUAUUACUACAUACAAGACUGAAGCAAAUUAUUUGUACAGGAAAGAGUCUUUAUUAGGAAGUAAAGUGCAUAUAUUUAACAGCCUACAUAUUCUCAAAUCACCUAGUGGAAGACUAACACCACAUAUAAUGAACUUUCCUAAUAACCAAAAGAACAAGUGAAAAAGUGAGACGCUUUACUGUUCAUUGUUUGUCCAAUGCUACAAAUAAUAAAAAGUGGGUUUUUUUCCCCUUUAACUUCAUAAUCUUAAUAAUAUUUAGAUACAAAUCACAAUGUAAAAUGUCUUCAUAAAAAAAUGACGACAAAAUACCAUACCUGAAAAUAUGGCACACAUUGUCAAACACACAUGGAUAUCCCAUGAAACUAGAUGCACUCCAAAAUGAAGUUUGUUAAAAGUUACAUAGCAUUACAGGCAUAUGUAAACAAUGUGUCUAUAAAGAAUAGUUUGGUACAUAAAAACAGUGCAAUACACAACGUUAUAUUAGCAAACAGACACAAAACAACAAACUCACUUUAAACUGUUGAUGUUUUGCAAAAAGAUUGAUCAAGGCAAUUUUGCUUUCACAAACUAUUAGUAUUUCUAUUUGCUGUUCUAAUGCAAAAAUGAUACAUGGUAACAUUUAUAUUACCUGACCAAAAAGGGUUUAUACUUUUACAAUUAAUGAUGAUUUAAACUACAAAACUGAACGAUGUAAUGUACCUUGAAUGUAUGUGCAUAAAGACUGUAACACAAAACAUGACAAAGUAUAGUACUUAUGCAGUAGAAUUUAGGAAAACUUUUUUUUUCUAGAAAUCCUGGACCAUACACAAACAUCUUUAACUGUAAAUCAGUUAUUUUAAAUAUGUUUUGACGGGUUAAACAGUGUUUUGUAUGCAGGAAACUGUUCCAGGCAGCUAUUUAUGAAGUCAACACAGUUUCAAAUGCUGAUAGAACUCAUGAAACAUUCUUAUGAUUGCUAUACAGUUCUAACAAAUGCAUUACUAUUUGUUUUUGAGUUCCGCUUUAGAAAUUACAUUGGUGUAGAUCUUGCUCUACAACCUAUUACUGCUCUGAAAAGUUUAUAAACAGCUUCUACAAAAUGAACUAUGAACGUGAAUUAUAAACUUGUCCCUUUUAGGUUUGAGACAAAGGUUACGGUUUUCCUUUUGGUUUAAAAAUAACAAAACAAAACAUGAUUGUUAUUAUUUUACCAAACAGAACAUAUGAUCUUGGUUGAAAACAAUACAUUUAAAACCAACAGUAUGGUUACAACAUUUGUAGAAAAUAAAAUCAUACCAUGCACAGAAAUAUUUAGUUCAAAACAUUGGGAAACAAGACAUGGGGCAAUGCCAAUCAAAGGUUUAUAAAUUACUACACAAUUAAAAAUGGGUAUUAACUGACCAUUGCUACUGUACUAUGUCAACCAUUAUAUGUAAUAAACACUGUUUUCAUAAUUCCCACAUAUUGCUUGUUGGUACCAUUAAUAGUUGAUUUGUUUACUUCUAAACCAA